GAUCACAAAACCUCUUACCCAUUUUAACAAACAUCAAUAACAACAAUGGCAGUCACCAAAAGCCUCUCGUUGUUUCUCUUCGUCGCCAUAAGCUGCACCGUCGCAGCCCAGGCAGCGACCUUCAACGUCACAAAUAAUUGCAACUUUACGGUAUGGGCCGCCGCCGUGCCCGGUGGCGGCGUACGGCUGAACCCUAACGAGUCAUGGAGCAUCGACGUGGCGAACGGCACCACGGGAGGACGCAUUUGGGGGCGAACAAACUGCACCUUCGACAACGCGGGACGCGGUAGUUGCUUAACCGGCGACUGCGACGGUCUUCUCGUGUGCAACAACACUUACGGUACACCCCCAAACACGCUGGUGGAAUUCGCGCUGAACCAGUACAACAACCUCGACUUCUACGACAUCUCCCUGGUAGAUGGUUUCAACCUUCCGGUUCAGUUGAACCCGACAUAUAACUGCAGCAACGUAAAAUGCGCCGCCGACGUCAUCGGAGAUUGCCCCACUCAGCUGCAGGCUCCUGGCGGUUGUAACAACCCAUGCACGGUUUUCAAUACGACGGAGUACUGUUGUACCUCCGGUUCUUCGGGGUGCGGUCCCACCGAUUAUUCGAAGUAUUUCAAGGAGAAGUGCCCAGAUGCAUACAGUUACCCUAUGGAUGAUGCCACCAGCACAUUCACUUGCAGGGGAGGAUCCGAUUAUAGGGUUGUCUUUUGCCCUUAAUCCAUCAUCUCUUCACUGCUUUAUUAUAUUUUUUUUUCAAUGAUUCGCAUUGUGUUAUUGUAUACUUUGAUAGAUGUAUUAUGACAACAAAUAAAAUGUUAUCGGGGCGCGGAUCUCUGUCUCAUGGGAUGUGGUGCUCUUUGUUUGUCCCAUAAUACUUUACAUAAUAAUUCUCAUGACAGUAAACAAGCUUCCAGUUAU